GCUGGGCCGAGUGCAUAUCUCUUGCCACUUCGCUCCGCGUCAGCUCGUCCAUUUUCCUGUGCUGCAAACUUCCGUGUUGCUCGGCUCCCUAGGCACAUAUACAUAGACACUCUUAAUUGGUUGUGUGUGCUGUCCCCGUCGACGUCAAAUUGCUGGACCUUUCGAAAGAAAGUUAUUGCAUUAAACACCCUCGUUGCCAUCACCCGAAGACCCGUAACGCUGCUCGCUUGAAUAACAGCGGCAGAGGAGCUCAUGAUGGCAUUGGAUUCAAAGAUGACCCCGAACUUUUCCAACCUGUUGCAACUCCAACAUCGUGGAUACGCACAAAUGCUUCAAACGUUUGACGGGCGGGUGCAGGAGCAUGAGACCCUCACAGGGGUGCAUCCCAUUACCGGCAAGGUAGGCAGCUUCCAUCCUGAUGAGCGUGCAUCCUGGAUGCAACCAUCCGCAGCACCCUCACCACGUACAAAGUGGGAACACCGAUUCCCGACGACAUGCAUAAUUAACGUCGUGUAUGAUCAGAUCACGAACAAACGCAAGCGAGACGACGACAGAUCUACGUCCCGCCCCACGAAUGUGUUGGAAGACACCUUGUUUGCAUGUUGCGUCGGAGGUUCGAACGUCUUGCGCGACGACGAAGCCACCGAACGCUUCCUGCCGCUGUUCCAUCAGGCCAAGACGGAGUCGGACCAAGCCAAGCUGUUGGUCGUCCUCGCGGCCACCGCCCGAGACCCUGCCCGAAGCAGUAGCGUGGCCCUCUUCGAAGCGUUUGGCGGCAUGAAGAUUGCGCGGCAAUGGCUCGACACGGCCGUGUCGUAUCAUCAAACGUCACUGUUGCAUCUCAUUCUCGUGACACUCAAGGCAUUGCCGCUCCAGCUGAGCACCAUCACGGACGCCAAGAUCAACGAACCGAUCGUGCAACUGCGCAAGACUGCCGCGAACGACCAUGUCAAGCGCGCGGCGCAGGACCUGCUCAAGCACUGGAAGACCACAUUCACAGAGAAACCCCCGAGUCCGCCUUCGUCCAAGGGCAAGGCCAAGCCCGCGACGGACGUCCUCGGCAAGCUGCUAUUGAAAAAACAAGAAGCAAACAGAUUGAUUUCAAAGCCCAAGGACUCGUUCGUGACCAACAUGGUGCAAAACCAACUGCUCAACAAGAAAGAGGUCAUGGACGUGGUGUCGUCGCCGACGGUCGCAUUGCCGACCAUCGCGCGCUUCGACCAAGUGCAAAGUCAGCCGACGGCCGCCGGCGGCGGCGGCGCCGCCAGCACCCGCCGCAUCAAGUGGGCCGACGAGCACGGCGCCGCCCUGACCAAGAUCAAGCUCAUCGAGUCGUGGCGCGAUCUGGUGCUCCACAGCGACAAGGACGACCCGUCGAGUCCGGUGGCGGCGGGGAGUUUCAAAGAUGCCAAGCUGCGCGAACAUGCCCACGAAAAGUUUGCAUUCCUCAACAAGCAAAAGGAAGAAGCGACGUCGCGUACACAGCCGGUGGUCACGGUGCCGUGGCGCACGCCGCCGCCAGCCGUGGCCAUCCCGGAAGGGGUGACCAUUCGAUCGUCGGAGGACACGCCCGAAAUGCUCGUCCAGACGAACCGCACCCGAAAAGACGUGGAAUGGAUUGUCUUGGGCGACGAAGUGCCGCCAGAAAACCCAGAGGAGUGGACGCCGUCGGCCGCCGACUUGUCGCUGGGGCCAACCACGUCGAUCCCUCUCACAGACCCUCUCGAAGACGACGAGGUGCCGCCGCCCGUGGCAGUAGGGGUGUCCAAUUUGAAUGCGACGGAAUCGGCGCUUGUGCAGGCGUUGGGGCCACUGGAGAAGGCGACGCUGGCGCUACUGGCCAAUGCAAACGACCAAGUCGUGGCCCAAGUGUACGCCGAAGCGCAGCGCAACGGCCGCCGUAUCGCAGACGCACGUGUGCUGGACAUUUUCAACCAGCACGAUCGACAGCUACCACAUGGAAGCUCGCGACCGCCGCCGCUGCUGUCGGCUCCCUCCGACGUACAGCCGCCUCCGCCGCUCUUGUCCAACCCUGUGGGGGGGUACAGGGGAAACGGACGCGACGGACCGAGCGGGUACGGCGACUAUGAAGACCACAUGGGCAGGGGCGGGUACAAGGCCGGUGCGCCGUAUCAUCAACCCCCUUCCAAUUACGGCCCCCCCCCCCAACAAUCGUUCAACAAUGGCUACAACAAUCAACCGGGGUACGGAGGGGGGUAUCCAGAACGAGGAGGCCGAGAUGGUGGCUACAACGUGGACGGCGGUGGCUACGGGGGAUUCAAGGGCGGAUACCCCGAUGACGACAACCGCCACCGAUACCCCGACGACGACCACCGCUACCCCGACGACAAUCGGUAUCCGGAUGAUCACAACCGUCUGUAUCCGGACGACCACCCUCGCAACAACUAUAACAAGCGCCCCCAACACGACGACAUGCCGUACCCGUCCAAGCGCCCGGCGUUUGGGAGUCGUGGCCCCCCACCCCACGGAGGGGGGGGUCCCCCCUCCAGUACCUACAAAUACAAGCAAGUGCCGUGCACGUACUUCAAUUCCCCGGCCGGAUGUGGCAAGGGCGACGCGUGUACGUUCAUUCACGACGAUGAGGCUCGGCGGGCGGCUGGGACCAAGUACGCCCCCCGCGGUGGAGGACCCCCCUUUAAAGGAGGUCCGAAGCCCAAUUAUUACGGAGGUAGGGGCGGCCGCGGCGGAGCGUAUCGAUAGAUGUGUGGGUUAAUAUAUCGUGCUAUUUAAGUCUCACCAGUGCACGUAUAAUAAAUAAUAUAACUUAACCUACUUGACGGA